AUGAAGCAACUCACGCGGGACGACCAAUGGAUAGGCUAUGAUGAUGAAAAGACGUUUGCAAAGAAGAAGGAAUUUGCUGAUAGUAUGUGCUUUGGAGACACCAUGGUUUGGUCCAUCGACUUCCAGGAACAACCUGAUGAUAUAGGGGCGGGUGACACAGAGAUUGAUCUCCCCAACAGAGGCCAGACCGGCAGCAGCAGCGGAGGCAGCCAAGGGGGAACAAAUCAUCUUAUCAGGGCAUGGUGGGACGGUAUAGAACUGUUUCGGGUGCCGUCAUCACAGGUAUUCAACCCGGCUGGCGAACUGACAGAGAAGGAGCAGGUAUACUGCAAAAAUGACACGAUCACAUCGAACAAGCCUAUCGGUGGCUAUGCCUUUUCAACUGGACCGAGUUAUGGCACAAUCGAGCAUCUUCUCGCGAUCGAAACUCAUCUCAACGACCACCCGCUUGGCAUGACUGGCAAAGCCCAUAUGCUUCUUCAUGCACUGACACAUCUUUCCUCGAUAGAAGGGCAAAAUGAGGCCGACACAUACGCAUGGUACGCAAGCCUGAAAUUCUUUGAGGCUCUCUAUGGCAUCCCGGACGCCUACGUCGCACCAAGGGGGGACGAGCCCGGCGAGGACGAGGGCGACGGCGAGGAGGAGUCGGGCCCUGCCAAAGCCCUCAACAUCGUCCUCGAGAACAGCCGACACGGGAUACCGAACGAUGCCGACUUCUACGACAGGACGAAAUGGCUCUUCUUCUCGGUCCCCUACGGAACAGCCUCGCAGUGCCAGGUCGACCCGAUCCCGGUCGCUGAGGCCCCCGCCGACAAGUCCGUGGGGCUGAGAAUGCCGCAGUUCCCACACGGCACGUUCCAAUGUUGA